UUAAAGCUGCGGCCACACAAACGCCAUCUAAAAUUAUUCACACAGAGGGCCGGAGGGAGAGAGGAGCUUUUGUUUGUUCCGCUGUAACGUUCUCUUCGUGGGAGAAAAAAAAGUGACCUCUCUGCAAGGAGUCAUCCGUUGAGAUGCUCUCUACUCACUUGAAAUUCUACACGAAUACACAACCAAUUGUGAUCCAUGCAAAUCAAGUUUUACAGUUUCGGAGUUUAUCUCAUGUUCUGAGUUCCUCAAGUCAUUUCUCGAGAGUGCUGUCUGCUAAUGCUUUGAAGUUAACUACCAGUGGGAGAGAGUCACUGCCAGGGAGUAUGGACCCCUUAUUGGAGCAUAAUGCUAAUAUUUCAUCAAUACCUAAGAAAAAUGAUGAGACCUCAUUUGAUAGAAAUGGAACAAAUUUGUUUUAUUAUUCAACUGAACAAGUUCCAAACUACAAUGGUGACUCUAUGGAAGGAAUUUCUGAUAAGGAAAUUAAGGAAAUGCAGAGGAGAAUGAGGAUAGGGAAAGCCAACAAGGGGAAAACACCUUGGAAUAAAGGCAAGAAGCAUAGUGCAGAGACACGGGAGUUCAUCAGAAAGCGAACCAUAGAGGCCAUGAGACAUCCCAAGGUUAGGGAGAGAUUGUCUCAGGGUUUUCGGGGCCAUAGCGAAGAAAGCAAGGCACGAAUAGGCCUUGCCUUGAGAAGAAUAUGGCAAGAACGAUCAAGACGGAAGACCUUGCAAAACAAGUGCUGCUUGGAAUGGCAACAAAGCAUUGCAGAAGAAGCUAGAAAAGGUGGUCAUGGCCAGGAAGAGCUAAAUUGGGACAGCUUUGAAAAAUUGAAAGAAGACAUAAUCCGGCAACAACUUCAAUGGGCAGCAGAGAAAGAGAAAGCUAAGAAAAUAUCCAUAAUACGAAACGAGAAAAUGGCAAAGGCCAAGGCAGAAAAAAUGGCAAUGGUUGUCCUAGUGCGCCAACUAAGGGAGGACAGAAAGGCAAAAGCGAGAGCAGAAAUGAAAGAAGCUGCAGAGAUGAGAUUGAUGAAGAAAGUGAAUGCAGAGGCCAUAUCCAAGGAACUAAGACUCAAAGUGAAGCUAACCAAGAUGCAUCAGAAGAAGCUCCUUGGUGUGGAAAGCAUGAGCCUUGAAAGUGUGGUCAAUGGUUCAGAAACUGUUGCAAAGAAGUGGGAUUUAGAUUUUAUUAAGAGAGAGAAGAUGCAGAGAAGCGUUUCUCUUGCUGAUCAAAUCCGAGCUGCUAAGAAUAGGAAAGCAAAAUCUGUUGUGCAUCAUCCUGAUGACUCAUUUCUUAAUGUAUCAAUUGAGGAAAGAUUGCAAACCUGACUAAUAUGAACUCAUGGGACUUGGCAACCACGGUGGAAGGAUACCAUGGGCUGCAUAUACAAGUUCUUAAGAGUAGUCACACAUAACUAGAGAGACUGUGGCUAGCCCUUUUUUUUUGGUAUCAUUAUGUAAGCUCUCUUUUUUGAAAUGCUAUUCGCAACUACUACCCUCUUUUUAAUAAUAAAAUAACAUCAAACUUCUCAUUUUUCA